CCGGUAGUUCUGUUCUGAUAUAAUCAACUUUCCAAAACUUUUACUAAUUAUCUGGAAGGAAGAUGAUUUAAAUAGUAAUAAUGUUAAUAAUAACAACUCUUUAAUGUGUCGUAGUGACGAUAAUGUGACAUGUAGAGCCAGUGUUAGACCUGUUCUACAACUUUAGCAUUGAAGCUAAAGGUCUGAGCUGCUGGUUCUCAUGGUCUGGAAUUAUUGUUAUUAUUAUUGAUUGGUGGAAUAUUUCCAUAUAAACACAAGAACCGGACUCCAAAGGAAUAAUAUCAACUUAAAAUAAGGAGUUUAUUAUUUUAAAAGUCGGUUAAUCUGCAGAAAGCCUGACCCCCCUGUAUACAGCAGCAUGUAACAGAGUAAAUCUGAACAGGGCUGUGACCUUGUUUGGCUGAAAUGGAGGCAUGUGUGAGCUUUUUAUUCCAUAAAACUCGGAUCCUUUCUACCAGAUGUUGGAAUCGUGCUUUAUUACAGGGUUUCAGAAUAAGAUCAGCUCCUCUGGUUCGUCCUCUCUGUGCUCAUCAUUCAGGAUGGACGUGCAGACACAGCAAACAGGUUUCAUUACAGAGUACAGGGGUGCAGUCCAGACCCAGAGACACAGCGCUGAUCUGUCGUGGCAGAGUUACAGACGCUUCCCAUGCAGCGCUGUCCAGCGUGGCCCCUGUGUUUGUUGUGAUGAAAUUCGAUCCAGAAGGAAACGUCACUUCAUUCGAGAAAAAGAAAACGGAGCUCUAUCAGGAACUCGGAUUGCAGGCGAGAGACCUGAGAUUCCAACACCUCACCAGCAUCACGUCACGAAAUAAUGCCAUCAUCAUACGCAUGGAGUCUCUGAAGGCAGUCGUGACUCCGGAGUGUUUGCUGGUGCUGGAUUUCCGCGGGAUGGGUUUGGAGAAGUGGCUGGUUUUGGAGUUGGGGCCUCAGCUAGCAGGAGAUGGAGCUCUGGCCACCUACUCUUUACCCUUCGAGUUUAGGGCCCUGGAGGCCAUUCUACAGCACAGGAUAAACACACUGCAGACGAGGUUAAACGAAGUUCAGCCACAGAUCAUCGACUGCCUCGAGUCGCUCUUGGAUCCCAAACUUUUGUCUGCGGACCGCAGCAAACUCCACAUGCUCCUCCUCAGCAGUAAGAGCCUGUCUGAGCUGGAGACGGAUAUUAAAGUGUUUAAGGACAGCCUGCUGAAGAUCCUGGACGAGGACGAGCUGAUCGAGGAGCUGUGUCUGACCAAGUGGACCGACCCCCGCGUGUUUGAGGAGAGCAGCCUGGGUAUAGACCACGCCCAUGAGAUGGAGCUACUCCUGGAGAACUAUUUCAUGCAGGCGGAGGAGCUGGGGAACACGGCGCGAGAGCUGAAGGGGCUCAUCGACGACUCCGAGAGUGUCAUCUUCAUCAACCUGGACAGUCAUCGAAAUGUGAUGAUGCGCCUGAACCUCCAGCUCACCAUGGGAACCUUCUCCUUGUCCUUAUUUGGCCUGAUGGGUGUGGCUUUUGGCAUGAACCUCAUGUCUUCAUUUGAAGAAGAUCCACGGGCGUUUUGGUUGGUGACGGGAGUUAUGUUUUUAGGCAGUGGGCUCAUCUGGAGGCGCCUGCUUUCCUUCCUGGGACGACACUUGGAACCCAGCUCUCCUCCUCCAAUUCCACCAGUUCUGAGGAAAAACCAGAUCAGCACAUUAAGGGGAACAGAUAUCAAAUCUGGAGUGAGAUGAUAACCUGACUGCAGCAUCGUUUCUCUCUCUCUAUGCUUUUUAAAGUUGUCUAUCUGUAUUAAUUUUGAACUUUUUUAUAUAUUCAGUAAAAGGGAAAUAAUAUUCAACUAUUUCUUUUUAUUAUUUAAUGACUUUUGGUACAAAUGUACACUUUACAGUUUAUGUAAUAUAAACAAGGAAGUUAAGGAUGUGUUUAUAAGCAUAAACACACAUGCACAUAAGCCUAAGUGUGAAUUUAAUUCUAAGUGACUGUGUGUGUGUGUGUGUGUGUGUGUGUGUGUGUGUGUGUGUGUGAGAAUAAUUACAUAACAGUAAGUCAGAUUGGUUGAGUGUGUAGCCACUGAUGCAGCGCUGCUUUCACAUCAUCACAUGAAAAUCUUCUUCACCUUAAAGCUUCUUUGAGCGUCCAAAAAGGUGGAAAGAUGGAGCUAAAUCUGGACUAUAAGCGUCUCUCAGUCUCUCGGACACAUAACCAAAAUAUACAAGUGAUGAAAGAUUCCUUGUUAAAAUAAAGUUAAAAUUGGCACCCAGGUGGCGCAGUGGGAUAUUCCGCUAGCACACCAGCGCCGAGAUUCUGCACUCCUCCAGUCAGCUGGGCACCAUCGGGCAGGCAUAAUUGGCCGCUGUAUCUGCUAGAGUGGGACAACCGGACUGUGUGGGUGGGUGGGGUCUUCAUACGCUGUGUAAGGACCCUGAUCGGCGGAAGAGACGCCUGUGCACAAUGCAGGGGCGAGAAGAGGAGGGCUGUACACGUGUAGAAAGAGGCGUGUGCAGCGACGUGCUCUCCUCGGAUGCAAUCGGGUAUCCAUCAGCAGCGGAAGACGGGCUAAAUCGGGAGGAAAAUGGGGAGUACAUGCUUGGCCUUACCUGAGUAUUUUGAAACUGGAGGUCAAUGUAAGGAGCCCUUAUUACCCUGGUGGAUUGAAGAUGGUUUGCAAGAAGAGAUGGACCAAAAUGAAAGCACAAUGCUGAUUGUUAUUGUCAUUAAAUUAAACUGAUUUUCAACAAAGUGCUGUUAUUCAUUGAGGUGUCAGGUAUUUUUGUCAAUAUUCAUUAGUACAAUAAGUGUGUACUAAUGUAAAA